CAAAUGUCUGUGUAGUGACGGGUCAGUGUUUGCUCAGUGAGUAAUGAUUAGACUGGGGGGGGGGAUUCUGAGCCCCCAGUAAUUUGCAAGUGAGCGCUGCUGAAUCUGAUGUAAGGAGCAGACCGGCUGAUACAGAUUCAACUAGAAGAGAAGACGUGAUGAACGCCCUCUUCGCUCUCCUUUGCUUGGCAUACUUCUGCCAUGGUGCCCUCUCCUGCCCAGCUCUUUGCAAGUGUUACACCAGAAGAGCUGAGGUGGUCUGUAACGAGGUUCCCCUGACGGAGUUCCCCUCCGAGGGUCUCCUGAGGAACACCACCAUGCUCACGAUCCAGUUGACCAACAUCACCUCCAUCUCCGAGAGGCACCUGGACGUCACGCCCCUGCUGCAGGAGCUCCACAUGUUCAGCAACCACCUGCAGCAUCUUCCCCCCGAUCUCCUCAGGGGUGUUCCUCACCUCCACACUUUGGAUCUGACGGGAAACAAACUGGCCGAGCUGCCCGCCAACGUCUUCAGCCACGCUCCACUCCGCAGCCUGGUGCUGAAGGAUAAUCUGAUUGAGAAAGUGGAUGCAGAGUGGCUUCCUGAUAACAGCACUCUCACCUGGUUGGAUUUAUCUGGAAAUCUAAUAAGAAAGGUCCCAAGUGUUCUGCUCCAGAAGCUGCCGCAGCUCGAGAGUCUCGACCUCUCCAACAACCGUCUGGAGAUGAUCUCUGCAAACUCUCUGGACAAGCUCACCAAACUGGAGAGGCUGAACCUGCAGGACAACAAACUAGAAACCCUGGAUGCAUCUGUACUCGAGAGCAGCCGCAACCUCACCUACCUGUUCCUCUCUCGCAACAAGCUCAACAAGAUCCCCCCAAAGCUGUUUCAGGAGCUCACUGAACUCAGGGUCCUGAGUCUGGACGACAACCAGCUGAGCCACAUCCCUCCAGGUUCUCUGGACCAGCUGAGCUCCUUGGACGAGGAUGGUCUGGAUCUGACCUCCAACCCCUGGCAGUGUGAUGGGAAGGUGGAGUACCUGUGGAGGUGGCUGCAGAAGAACAAGAAGAAGCUGUUCCUGCCACAGACCAUCAUAUGUGCUUCACCUCCGUCUUUAUCGGGGCGGUUGGUUAUGUCGCUGACUGCAAGUGAACUAAAUCUUCAGUCUUAACAGUUUCCAUCGUCGUGUUGGUUAUUAUCUGAUGUGGUGAAGUUCACAGUUCAGCCUGUCACAACUGUCACACAUUUUAAUAACUGAAUAAUUAAAUAUGAUGUGAGUAA